AUGCAGCGCGUGUGGGGCCGCGGGCGGUGGGCGGCGCCGGCGGCGUGGCUGGGGCUGGGGCUGGGGCUGGGCGCGGGGCUGGGUGGGUGGAGGCGGCCGCCGCCCGGCCUGCCGAGCCCGGAGGCGUCGGGGGGGCUGCUGGCUCGGCUGCCGGUGCUGCCGGCCGUGGCGGCCGCCGCCUCCUCCCCCUCCUCCUCCGGCGAGCUGGCCAAGUACGGGCUGCCGGGGCUGCCGGCGCUGCGGAGCCGCGAGUCCUACGUGCUGUGCUACGACCCGCGCAGCCGGAGCGCCCUGUGGGUGGUGGAGCAGCUGCACGACGCCGCCCUGCGCGGCUCCUCGGACCGCGCCGCCUGCGACUUCCGCGAGGACGAGUCGGUGCACCGCUACCACCGCGCCGCCAACGCCGACUACCGCGGCAGCGGCUUCGACCGGGGCCACCUGGCCGCCGCCGCCAACCACCGCUGGAGCCAGCAGGCCAUGAGCGACACCUUCUACCUGAGCAACGUCGCCCCCCAGGAUCCUCAUCUGAAUCAGAAUGCUUGGAAUAAUCUGGAGAAAUACUGCAGGAGUUUAACCAAAUAUAACAAGAAUGUCUACGUCUGCACUGGACCACUUUUUCUACCCAGGAUGGAAGCCGACGGGAAGAUGUACGUGAAGUACCAGGUGAUCGGCAAAAACCACGUGGCCGUCCCGACACACUUCUUCAAAGUGCUGAUCCUGGAGAAGCCCGGCGGAGAGAUUGAGCUACGCUCUUACGUCAUGCCCAACUGCCCCGUGGACGAGAAGCUCCCGCUGGAGCGAUUCCUGGUGCCCAUCGAGAGCAUUGAGCGGGCAUCGGGGCUGCUCUUCGUCCCCAACAUCCUGAAGAGGACGAGCAACCUGAAAGCCAUCACCGCUGGCAGCAAGACCUAAUCUUCCUCGUGAUUUUGACAGCGGACC